AUAAUUGGUGUACUUGUUGAGAUAGAUGUUAAGGCGGAUGUUGUGGUUGUUGACAUAAUUGGUGUACUUGUGGAGAUAGAUGUUAAGAUGGAUGUUGUUGUUGAAAUAAUUGAUGUACUUGUUGAGAUAGAUGUUAGGGCGGAUGAUGUGGUUGUUGAAAUAAUUGGUGUACUUGUGGAGAUAGAUGUUAAGAUGGAUGUUGUUGUUGAAAUAAUUGAUGUACUUGUUGAGAUAGAUGUUAGGGCGGAUGUUGUGGUUGUUGAAAUGAUUGGUGUGCUUGUCGAGAUAGAUGUUAAGACGGAUGUUGUGCUUGUUGAAAUAAUUGGUGUACUUGGUGAGAUAGAUGUUAGGGCGGAUGUGGUAGUUGUUGAAAUAAUUUGUGUACUUGUUGAGAUAGAUGUUAGGGUGGAUGUUGCGGUUGUUGAAAUAAUUGGUGUACUUGUCGAGAUAGAUGUUAAGACGGAUGUUGUGCUUGUUGAAAUAAUUGGUGUACUUGUUGAGAUAGAUGUUAAGGCGGAUGUGGUAGUUGUUGAAAUAAUUGGUGUACUUGUUGAGAUAAAUGAUAGGGUGGAUGUUGUGGUUGUUGAAAUGAUUGGUGUACUUGUUGAGAUAGAUGUUAGGGCGGAUGUUGCAGUUGUUGAAAUAAUUGGUGUACUUGUUGAGAUAGAUGUUAGGGCGGAUGUUGUGGUUGUUGAAAUGAUUGGUGUGCUUGUCGAGAUAUAUGUUAGGGCGGACGUUGUGCUUGUUGAAAUAAUUGGUGUACUUGUUGAGAUAGAUGUUAGGGUGGAUGUUGUGGUUGUUGAAAUAAUUUGUGUACUUGUCGAGAUAGGUGUUAAGACGGAUGUUGUGCUUGUUGAAAUAAUUGGUGUACUUGUUGAGAUAGAUGUUAGGGCGGAUGUUGUGGUUGUUGAAAUGAUUGGUGUGCUUGUCGAGAUAUAUGUUAGGGCGGACGUUGUGCUUGUUGAAAUAACUGGUGUACUUGUUGAGAUAGAUGUUAGGGCGGAUGUUGUGGUUGUUGAAAUAACUGGUGUACUUGUUGAGAUAGAUGUUAAGGCGGGUGUUGUGGUUGUUGAAAUAAUUGGUGUACUUGUUGAGAUAAAUGUUAAUAUGGGUGCUUUGGUAGUUUAAAUAAGUGUUGAACUUGUUGAGAUAGAUGUUGUAGUUGUUGAAAUAAUUGGUGUACUUGUCGGAAUAGAUGUAAAGACGGAUGUUGUGCUUGUUGAAAUAAUUGGUGUACUUGUUGAGAUAGAUGUUAAGACAGAUGCUGUGCUUGUUGAAAUAACUGGUGUACUUGUGGAGAUAGAUGUUAGGG